AUGCCCGACUCGACCGAUUCAAAAUCGAUGGGGAAACCCUCGCAGCACCUUGAACAUGCCCGGGCCAUCACACCGGAUGUCAAGGCCGAAGACAACGAGGCCAUUCCCGCACCCGAAUUCGCGGGCAUCGAUGAAAUGGCCGUAUUGCGCAAGAUGGACAUCCGGCUGAUUCCCAUGCUGAGUAUUCUGUACCUGCUGGCGUUUCUCGACCGUGGCAAUAUUGGCAAUGCCAAGAUCGAGGGCUUAGUGGACGAUCUCCAUAUGACGGGGCCGCAGUACAAUUGGACCCUCACUGUCUUCUUCUUCACCUAUUGCGUUUUCGAAUUGCCCAGUAAUUUGCUGCUAAAGAAGCUCAGACCGUCGCGAUGGUUGCCGCUGAUUAUGGUGGCGUGGGGGAUCGUCAUGACACUCAUGGGGGUCGUGCAUAACUAUGCUGGGCUCCUGAUUACCCGCCUGUUCCUGGGCGUCGCUGAGGCCGGUCUUUACCCCGGCGUCGCCUACUACAUUACGCUCUGGUACCCUAGGCACCGAGCCCAGUACCGCCAGGCUCUCUUUUUCAGCGCGGCCAGCAUUGCCGGUGCUUUUUCCGGAAUUCUCGCAUAUGGCAUUGCCAAAAUGGACGGUGUGGGUGGCUACGCCGGCUGGCGCUGGAUCUUCAUUCUUGAAGGCCUUCUGACCGUGUUGGUGGCGCUCAUCGCACCAUUUGCCAUCCACGAUUCGCCCGAGACAGCCACAUUCCUCACUGAGCAAGAGCGCCGGUUUGUUAUUCACAGCCUACGAAUCCAGCACUCGGCCGACGCGCGCGAGAUGGUGCAGGAUGAGGCCAAGUUCCGGAUGAAAUAUGUCAUUGACGCAUUCACGGAUUGGCAGAUUUACCUGGGGCUUUUCAUGUAUUGGGGCAUAACCUGUCCGCUGUAUGGCAUCUCGUUCUUUCUCCCAUCAAUCAUUAAAGACCUGGGGUACACUUCGUCCACCGCACAGCUCUUGACGGUUCCGAUAUAUAUUACGGCUGCCGUCGUCGCCGUCGUUGCAGCAUGGUUCUCUGAUCGGCAGAAACAGCGUUCUCCGUUCAUCCUGUUCUUCAUGGCUAUGAUUGCCAUCGGGUUCAUCAUUUGCAUUGCCUCCAGUGGGCGGGGUGUCCCGGGAGUAGUAUACUUUGGGGUGUUCGUUGCAGUCGUUGGCAUUUACCCUGCUUUCCCAGGUAAUGUGACCUGGCUAAGCGUCAACCUUGCGGGUGACUAUAAGCGCGCCGCCGGCAUGGCCAUUUACAUAGGCCUCGGCAAUCUUGCAGGGGCGAUGGCGUCUAACUUCUAUCGGGCCGAAGACGCCCCACAGUACAUUCUCGGUCAUGCACUUGAACUAGGAUUCGUGGUAGUGGGCAUGCUGGCGACGAUUCUUAUGCGAUUCAUAUACCAGCGCAUUAAUCACAAACGAGAUCGUAUCGACCCAUCGCAGUAUCCUGCGGAUCCAGAUUCGAUGGGCGACCGGUCUCCAUUAUUUAGAUACAUGUUAUAA